UACUCUGAAUGUGAGUUAUGUCACUUUCCAAUUCAAAAGUUGCUUAUUGGUAUUAUAGAUUUUUUAACACAUAGGCAGUCAAGGAUGCUACAGUCAGUCUAUUGGACUGUUUGGAUUUAAUUGACACCAUUUGACCAUACAUGUUUGUCUUGUUGAGUAGUAAGAGGGUGCUGUCCGUUGUGCUGAAAUUUCGCCUGUUUUCAGUGUGUCUAUUUGUAUGAAAAGGGAGCAAGAAUACCUUGAAUAUUGACAUUACCAGAGGUUGGUCGACACAUGUAUGUUCUCCUUUACUGUUGGAAAAAAAUAUGCUACAUAUCAAGAGUGGGUCUUACCAAAAUAAUAAUACCAAUUUAUAUUUUUUUUGUUCAACUCGCUCAUAAUUUUAAUUGACAAGAACUGAUUUAAUGUCGUAUUGCAAGGGCACAAAUAUGUAUGACUUUUAUUUUAAGCAUAAUGGAGUGUUUUGUUUUUAAUCGCACUCUACUAUUUGUCACGUUUGUAAUAGUUGAGUAAAGACUCCAGUCUUUCUGCAUGAUGUCUUUUACUUUAAUGGAAGUGUAACGUGUUGAGCCAGUGACACUCCAUAUUUUUAAGAAAUUAACAGAUUUGACAACCAGAAAGUGCUUUAAAAACUGUAUGACAACAGCAGAGCGACAAACGAGACUAAUGUAGUGAUUUUAAAUAGUUACAGAUGUGACAGAAAAUGUGGCACCGAAAACUUUCAGCCGAGAAUAGCUUAAAUUGCAUUUUCGGUUUUGGGUUGAAAGGCUGAAAGUUUACCACCGAAAAGUGUGAAGAAUCUUCGUCCUCUUGUAAUUAUGUCAUCAAAACACAACGCGCUAACACUACUGGCUCACAGCAAACAUUUCUGCAGUUUUAAAGUAUUUUGAGGUAUCAAUGAAAUUUAGAAAUUAUUAAAUGAAGGAAAAUAAAGUACAUGAAUUGGCUUCGCUUUUACACGCUUUGUCACUUUUUUCCCACUUCCACACCCCCUCUGCCAGUCGCCGUUUAAUCCGGAUGGGAGUGACUUCGCUCAGCUUGAUCGGCGUUAUCACUCGGCCCACUCGCCUGGCUCUCGAUCGAUUCCACUUGUUGCACAAGAAAACACCAAGUCUUAUUUUAAGGUGUAGGAGAGAUUAUAAUAGCCUUGUAAAGGGCUUUACUAGUUUCGGCGAGAACGGGAUAAUUUGUUGUAGUUGUACAGUUCCACACAAGCGUACAUCGAGAUCUCAUUUAGCUUAGCAAUUGGAGGCGUGAAACCAAUCUUUCGAGUGUACAAAAUCUAUCGCGACGUGUGCGUCCACGUCCACUGAACAGGAUGGCACCAGCGGUCACUGCCGCCAGGAAAGCACCCUCCCAGUGGCGGUUUUAAAGGGGAACUUUGAAGUAAGGUUGGCCAACCAUGUUUUUGAAUAAUAUCAAUGGCUAAACAAUUAUAAGCAUAUUUUCAUUAUUUUUUUAACGCAACCCUUCCAGAUUCUUUGUUUAACCCAUAGCAACGCCCUUGACAACGAAAAUGCUUUUCUUCGGCAAUCUUCGGAAAUCUUCGGAAAUUACGUCACACCUAGACAUGCGAGGGAAGUCCACCAUAGAACAGUAUUGUUUGUUGCAUUGCUUCUCGGUAAGAUGCCACAGCGGUGUGUGGCGAUGUUUUGUUCUCGCUCAAACGAAAAGUUGUAUGAGUGGCCAAAGGAUAGCAGGGCAAGUAAAUGGACAUCUUUCGUUCGCACGAAGCGAAUGAAUUUCACGCCAUCAUCGAGUAGUGUUCUCUGCUGCAAACACUUCGAAGAUGCCUGCUUCCUUAACCUUAACCUUAACCUCCUACUGUUGUGGAAUUGAACAGUAUAAGCUAGCGACGUUAGCCGAAAGUUAACUCGUGGAAAUCCCCGAUCAUAGUUGUUGUUGCGUUCGCUAGGUUAAGCGUGUUUAAAUUGUGCGUCAUCUACGAUCAUGUCCGAAAGGGUUAAUCCACUGUCAGUCGGGAAACGGGUGUGGAUGUGCAUAUAAACGGGUCGGCGUCGCGGUAAUUCAUGGUCACGUUGCUGUAAGAGACACACACCGCCGGUUAGUUUGUGCACAUUUAUUUGUAUUUGUAUUAUGUAUUUCCACCUUCAUGCUUCAAGCAUUGCAUUGCUUAUGGACGGUUCAGCGUUCACGGUGAUCGCAUGAUAGGCUUCUAGUUUGUGUUUUAUGAGAGCUGCUGACAGGUGACAGCUGAAAAAUAGCGUGUUGGUUUAGCGUAGCCGUUGAGUCAAUCUCGCAGUGAAUCAGCGAGCGCGCAGGUCACGCAGUGAAUCAUGGGAAAUGUAGUCUUGGGACAACACUGAAGAGGUGCUUUGUAAUCUGUUCGCUUGUGUGAAAAAACUACAUUUCCUCACGCCAUUAGACGCCAAUUCCUGCCGAGAGCUGUGCCGAGCUGUGGUCUAACUUUUCCAUAAGAACUGCUCCAUGUGUUAAUAAAGAGACAAGGUUGUCAGCGCGUCGUGUGUUCGAUACAUUUGUAAACAAAAAGCUCAUAACAAGACACUAUGCACAAUCCGUUCAAGAGACGCUGGAGUGGGAGGCGAGGAGGAGAUCGGCGAGAAGCAAAACUUCGUGGUCGAAUGUGGCGGCAGUCCGCUAUUAUUUUGUUUUCUUAUUGUUGCCACAAUAAAGUGGAGAAAGCCAUCGCAGACUCAUCUCCUUCUUCCCCCCAACGUUUUUAUAUUAUUAUUUUAUAUGCACGAGAGCUGCCGGAUCUGCCAAAAUGAACAUGAAGUCUGAUUAUUAUUUUUUUUAACAAUGUCAUCAGAUAGACAAAAACAUAACAUUAUGUGCAAAUGCCUGCAUCUUCAAAUCAUAAAAAUAAUAACAGCCUAUAUCUUACCAAUGUUGUAAUCUCGAUGGGUCUUGUAUCUAUUCCAUGUCAGGUAGUCUAGGCACACUGUUUGCAUUCUGAUUAGCGUCUGGCUAAUACAUGUUAGAUCCAACAUAAAAUUCCAAGCUCCUCUUCUUCCUCCAACUCUUCAAAACCUUGGAUCUCCUCCCUUGCGCUCGGUCUAUCGCUUAUAUCGCUGUUUGAAUCAUUGUUUGAAGGGCUUUGUAUGGCGGCCGUAUGUAUGGAGCUGCCAACGCUGUUCCCGGUGUGACGUAUCACUUCCGGGUUCGUCCGCUUUCAGGCUCGAACUUCGGAAAUGCGAUUAUUUUGUCAAAUAUACAACAUAUAAAUUAUUUUUUCAUGCUUUAUUUGGUGGACAAUGUUUAAUUACUUUACUUGUGACCCUAUUUGGCAUGUGAAGAAAUUAGUUCACACUACAGCUUUAAGAACAUGGGGGUCAUCUGCUGGCGCAAUGGUUGUACUGCAGCAAGUGAUGAGCAAGUGAAGCCUUUGAAGCAUUGUGAAGCAUUAUGAAGCUCUCUUCCUCUUUUCUUUUUUUUGAAAAUCAUUCGAAGUUUCACGGCUUCCCUGUGAGAAGCAGUUGUGGCAUCUUUUGGGAGACCAAAAUGACAGCAAUUGCUCCACAUUUGAACCAAAAUAUUAGCACAAUACAUUGUUUCAAACUUUAACAUGUGCAGUAAAAAAUUAUUUCAAGAUGCAUGUUUAUGAAUAUUGAGUAAUACAAACCUAUAGUUCUUGUCUAUGUACAGCAUUAACAGUAAAUACUUGACAACAAUUGGGGAAAAAAACGUAAUGACUGGCUUUGAUAUUACCCCCAAAAUGUGGGAGACAUUUCUAUUUAGGAGUCAACCGUUUGAUCCAUAGUAAUUUAAACAGCAUAUGAGUGUGAUCCAUGCCAUGUUAAUAAAGUAUGAUUUGAUCAGUGUCAGUUGUGCUUGUGAACAUGGGAAUUAUAAAAAUGGAAGCGUUUCAUACAUUAUAUUAUUUAUUCAUUUAUUUAUUUCAUACUGGUGGCAGAGUGGUUGGCAUGUCGGCCUCACAGUUCUGAGAUUGUUGGUUCAAUCACACAGGGAGGCCCUGGCCUGCUUGUGUGGAGUUUGCAUGUUCUUCAAUUAAUGCCUGUGUGGGUUUACUCCAGUUUUCUACCAAAAAUGUGAUUGAACACUCCAAAUUGUGCGUAGGUGUGAGUGUGUGCGUGAAUGGUUGGUUGUCUCUAUGUGCCCUGCGUCUGGCUGCUAAACAGUUCAAGGUGUACCCUGCCUUCUGCCUGUUGUUAGCUGGGAUAUGCUCCAGCACCCCCACGACCCUCGUGAGGAUAAGCGGUUCAGAAGAUGAUGAGAUGAAUUAACAUUUAUUGCACGAGUGAGGUUUGAGCUCAAAACUCAAAAUAUUUGCCUUGACUCACUUGAAACACACUCCUCUCAAAACCCACUUUUUGAUAGUUAUUGAGUUAUUUUAAAUAAGCUCCAAAGCAUCUGGUUCAGCCUGACACCUGUGAAAUGACCCUUGACGUCCAAAAGAAUUCUGAAGCAAUUGAAAUGUCGGACGUCACCGGUCACGUGACAGUUGACACAAGCUCCAAGACUAUGGGGGUACACGGCGGUUAAUUGGAUUGAAAAAAAGCUUUGGAGCUUUGGUAUUGUUUGCCCAGCUCUACUGUUGGCACAACUGCUGCUUCGUUAUUAUUUUUGCCAGACUUGUGUGUUUUAUUGUUGACGAAGGUCCCGCGCCUUGUCCUCGUUUACAAGACAAUGGCCACCUGUUUACAGUGCACUGACUUUACAUGGUCAACUGAGCUCUGAAAUGUGGUUUAUUUCCUCAAAACCUGCAAUAACACAUUUGGUCGCAAGGUGUCAGAAUGAAGCCAUGAACUCUUGAUCACGUGAUUAUAUAUCAAGUGUAGCCCACCACUAGAGCACAGAGUACCGUUUGUGGUGACAAGAUCUCCUUGUCUGCCUUGUUCGGCGUCACUUGUCUCCUGGCCCUCGUUGAUAGUGCAACUGAUAUAGCGGCGGAAUUUUUCAUAUAGUAUAUGUGUCUUUUGCUUUCACGAGUGCAGUUGAUUUUCAUGAGAAUAGACCAGUGAUGCUUUUCUGAUCAACAUGGAACAAAGAGACGCGCUACGUAGGGUGAGACGCUGUUUGGUCCGAUGCGUGGCUGCGGUGCUUUUGAGCAGCGUGACUUCAGCGCAAUUAAGAUAUUCCAUUUCCGAGGAAGUCAAUGAGGGAUCUGUGGUUGGAAAUGCUGCCAAAGACCUGGGAUUGGAUAGAAAUACGCUGAAUGAGCGCAAGUAUCGGAUUGUCUCCAGUGCGGCUGAGCCCCUUUUUCAUGUGAGUCAGACCGAUGGCUUCCUUUAUGUCAGCAGGAAGAUUGACAGGGAAAAGGAGUGUCCACAAAGCAGUACGUGUUUGAUCAACUUAAAAACGGUGGUAGAAAACCCACUGGAGGUCCAUUAUGUCGGAGUGGAGAUAUUAGAUGUCAAUGAUCACUCACCCAGUUUUCCAGAGGAAGAAACAAAGCUGGACAUUUAUGAGUCAGUUUUACCUGGUGCAAGAUUUCAGCUGAAAGCUUCACAGGAUGGAGACAGUGGUCAGUUUUCUGUUCAGCAAUAUAAACUGAGUGAAAAUAAUUAUUUUCGUUUGGAAGUUAAAGAUAAAGGAAAAGAAAGCAAAAUUCCCAUUCUGGUGGUUAAAAAAUCUUUAGACAGGGAGACAACAGGGCAUAUUUCAUUAGUAUUGACGGCACUAGAUGGCGGUAAACCUCCCAAAACAGGGGAUAUGAAGAUUUUAAUCCAUGUAUUGGAUGUCAAUGAUAAUGCACCCAUAUUUACUCAAGACACAUAUUCCGUUAUGCUCAAUGAAAAUGCAGCAAUCGGGACGACUGUUAUUCAAGUGAAUGCAACUGAUUUAGAUCGAGGACAAAAUGGAGAUGUUGUUUAUUCCUUCAGCAAAAGUAUGAAUCAAAAUAUCAUGGAUUUAUUUGAUAUCACACAAACAACAGGGGAGAUUAUUUUAAAAGGCCCUAUGGAUUAUGAAGAAAAUGACAUGUUUGAAAUUGAAAUCCAAGCAUCAGAUAAAGGUUUUGUCCCACUGACUGCAGAAAAGAGUGUCAUUGUUAAUAUAGUUGACAUCAAUGACAAUGCACCUGAGAUAGAAGUGACAUCAUUUUCCAGCUCAAUUCCUGAAAACUCCCGACCUGGGACUACAGUUGCACUAAUAAGUGUAAAUGACUUGGACUCUGGUCUCAAUGGAAAAGUGAUUUGUUCCAUAGGUGAGGAUAUUCCUUUUACUUUGUCGCCAUCAUCACAAGACAAAAUGUAUUCUUUAAUGACAAAAUCAACUCUUGACAGAGAAAAAGUGUCGAAAUAUGAUAUCUUGGUAGUGGCAAGAGACACUGGUCAACCUGCACUCUCAUCUGAAAAGACAAUAAGUGUUUUCAUUUCAGAUGUAAAUGACAACAGUCCAGAGUUUUCUUUCAGUCCUUAUACUUUCUAUGUUAAUGAGGGCAAUGAUGCAGGAGCUCCAGUCUUUUCUGUCAAAGCUUUUGAUCACGAUGACAACGAGAAUGCAGUCAUCUCAUAUCAUAUUCUUAGAGAUGGAAAAGAUGAACAAAAACUGUCUUCAUUUUUAAGUAUAAAUACUGAAAAUGGACAAAUAUCAGCACUAAAAAGUUUUGACUUUGAGAUGCUGAAAAGUUUCCAUUUCCAAGUUAUGGCCACAGAUAAAGGCAUUCCUCCACUGAGCAGCAAUGUGACAGUGAACGUGUUCAUUUUAGAUCAGAAUGACAACGCGCCAAUCAUCCUGUAUCCAGUCAGUGCCAAUGGUUCUGCUGAAGGUGUGGAGGAGAUUCCCCGCAACAUGAAAGCAGGGGACUUGGUGACUAAAGUCAGAGCCUAUGAUGCUGAUAUAGGAUAUAACGGCUGGCUACUAUUUUCACUUUGGCAAGUCUCUGACCACAGUCUCUUUUCUUUGGACCGAUAUACGGGCCAGAUGAGAACCCUUCGCUCAUUGACGGAGACAGAUGAGGCUGAGCAUCGAUUGCUCAUUCUCGUCAAAGACAACGGAAAUAUUUCACUCUCAGCAACAGCUACUGUGACUGUCAAACUUGUGGAGCCCAAAGAGGCUUUUGCAGCUUCGGAUGUCAAAGGUGCAGCAAAAGUAGACCAGGAGGAGGACAAUGUGACUUUUUAUCUCAUCAUCACUUUGGGCUCGGUCUCACUGCUUUUUGUCAUUAGCAUUAUUGUGCUGAUCACCAUGCAAUGCUCCAAGUCCACAGAGUACACUUCCAAAUACCUCCAAGACACUAAUUAUGAUGGCACGCUGUGUCACAGCAUCCAGUACAGAUCGGGAGAAAAACGAUAUAUGUUAGUUGGACCCAGAAUGAGUAUCGGCUCUACCAUAGUCCCAGGGAGCAACGCUAACACUCUCGUGCUCCCUGACAGGAGACACACAUCUGGGGAGCCCAAGGCACCAAAUUCUGACUGGAGAUAUUCAGCCUCCCUGAGAGCAGGUGGUGUCAUGCAAAGUUCAGUGCAUAUGGAGGAGUCCUCAGUGAUGCAGGGAGCCCAGGGAGUUCUGGUUCAGAACUGGCCCACAGCAUCAAGUGCUGCUGAUGCUGAAGGGGGAGAGGUGUCCCCCCCAAUGGGAGCGGGAGUUGACAGCAACAGCUGGCACUUUCGCUACGGCCCGGGGGGUCCCGGUGCACCGCCGCAGCACCUGAAGGCCGGUGAGGUUCCUCCGGAGGCAUUUAUCAUCCCUGGCUCCCCUGCCAUAAUAUCCAUCAGACAAAACCAGGGAGGAGAGGACGACAAGAGCGACUUUAUUACCUUUGGAAAGAAAGAGGAGGCCAAAAAGAAGAAGAAAAAGAAGAAGGACAAGAAGGACAAAAAGGAUAAGGGCAAAGAUGAUGAUGAGUAAAGAAUUAAGAAGUGAGAAUUGGGAAAGAAAAAAGGGUGUUGCUAAAACAGAGGUACCAACCAAAGUUCAUUGGGUUUGUUUUUAACCUGGCCUUUACCUUCAGUUCCUUACUGAGGUAAAUUAUUGAUCUUGCCUUGAUAAAUAAUAAAAUGAUUGAUUUUAUCCACACCCCCACGUGCCUAUAGACCCGGAAGUCAACUAUAAUGUUGCUAGAAAUAACAUAGCACCUCUCUUUUACCCCAUCCUAAUUGUUUGGCCUCCUUUAACCCACUGGGCAUGUUGGCACCUCUGUAUUACCCCUCCUAACGAUGAUAAAUCAUUCUCUGUGAGAGAAGUAGAAUACUUUGUACAAGCUAUGUGCCAGCCAAGGAAAAGAAGAAGUCAGAUGUUCGUAAUUUGGGGCUGGACACACACACCAACCACACACACACACAUCGAUAUACAGUCACGACUUGUAAAUAGCACAGGGGCUAGUCACUGAAACGAAGGCAAACACCACAAAACCGCUGCAGAGUCCUUAUUACCGACAGUGUUUCCUGUGAUCUCAAAGAAUCUACAUGCAUGCAGCUCACGCAGUCAAACAUGCUAACACACACUUUGCCAUGUGGACACAAAGAAAAAGCUUAGAAAAAAGAGGGACAAAAAAAUUGUGCUGAAAACUAAACAUGGCAAGCUUUUUGGGGUAUCAACUCUCAGGAUUGAAGGAGCAUCAUGUUGCUAUCACUCUAUUUGCUGACUGCUUGCAAAGGACCAAGAGAGCUCCUGCUCCAGCCGGAAGCCUGAGCCGGAGAACACAGGCAAGUUGGAGUGAGGGGAAGAUACCUCGCAAUCUUUUGAGGAUCACCAUGGGCAAGAGUUCUGCUAUCAGUCAACUGGACUCCGAAGAAAACAAGUAGAAAAUUAUUCGUAGAAUCUUUAAGAUUUUGAUAACACCAUUCUUAUGCCCCCACGCUGCAGCAAAAGCUGAAAGCUUUCUGCUUUGAAUGUUUGGUAGCAACCAGUCCUUACCUUACACCUUUACAACUUCUCAACUGCUUGUGCUCCCCCCAUGCUACCACAAACUUUGCCCACAACCCAACUGACUGCCUCUUCAUGUCAAGAUGAAGUAAACCUACUUUCCUUAAUUCUCUGCAGAGAUUCACAGUACAUGUUUUUGCCAUUUUAUGUAGAGACUCCUUCUAUCCAUCUUCCUGAUUCUUGCAUGUCCACGCUCCUUACCCCCUGCUCAGGACCCUUCCUGGCAAAACGGCCUGUUCUGAACAUUGUGGUGUGCUGACAACAGCAUGGAGUAAUGUUGAUGUGGCCCAUCAGGGGGAUGGCGUACACCUUGAACUCUUGUCUCGAAAAGUGCAAAACGGUUCAGUGCUUUUAAUAUGUGAAUACUACACUAUGCUGUUCACUUCUUAUUUUUUGCCGCUAUAGUGAGACCGGGUCAGGUGAAUUGAGAUCUGUCACAGGAAGCAAGGAGGCGGGUGCCUUGGGCUGGCCCUCAACCCUCACGUUUGCAAGACAAGUAAAUCGAUUGUUUAUGAUCAUGGAGUCGCAUACUGUCUUUUAUUUACGCUGUAAAAGAAGCGUUGAAUUGAUUGUCUUUGUACUAGUAAUCGCUAAAAAAAUGAUAACAUGGCAUCCAGGGCUUCCCCGCUAACAGCUAAAACCCACCAAUCCUCUCAUGAGCCAAUGCUGUUGGAUCCCCUCCCCUUCCUGUACCUCGCCCCCAAUGUUUUGCGGCUCAGUAUGAUGUCACUCCAUUAAGUGGCUGCUGCAUGUACUGCUCUAAGGAAACACAUACUAUAUAGAGAAAUAUAUAUAUAAAUGGAUAGAUAGUAACAAUUUUAUUUUUUUUGUAUUAUUUUUGUUCUCAUCAUUACUCACAUGAAAUAUUUGUAUGUACUUCUCUUGUCUAUGCCAAACAUCUAUGUAUUACAGUCGUCACGCUCCACAGAUGUGGUAAGGCAUCCACUAAAACUCUUUCAAUAUUUGUAAUGCUAUAGUGUGAUAUAUGCGUUUUUAAUGCAUUUUCCCCAAAUUUUUAUUUAUGCUUUUGAAAACAAAAAAAGAAAAAAAAAAUCAUUCUCUGUCCAGCUUUGACAUGAUGAUCUAACUAACACUGUAAUAUUGUAACUGAAAUAUGUAUGAUCCUAUGAUGAGCUCUCACUUCCCCUUCAUUAUUGAAAAAAAAAACAAAAAAAAAAGUCAAAAAAAUGUGGGAAAAGUAUAUGUAGUGUAUGCUUGUAUUUAGUGAGCUUUCAUGCUGUCAUUCUUUCCCAGUGUAUAUGGUGGUGAACUUUGGUGGCAAUGUGCUGUCCGAAUGUGGACCAGCCCAGAUCUGUUUUAAGCCCCCCCCCCCUCUUUUUUUUUUUUCUGGUACACCGGCUCAUCAAUUGUGACCGUGAAAUAGUGAAUUUCAUUUAUUUCCCUUCCCUGUCUGCCUUUGAUUUGACCUAAAUGGAAACAGUUGUAAUGUGUUCUGUUUAUAAUUCACAAAUAAAGUUUUCUUUCUUAAAAAUGAAA